GUGUAUAAAGGCGCCGGUCGCUCGGUGCGGUGCGCUCAGGAUCUCCUCAGUCCCUGCCGACAUGUGUCUCGGAGUUCUCACGCUGCUCGUGGCGGGCGCGGCGGCGGCCAGCGCCGGCACGCCCGUUCCCCCGUCCCUACUGGUGUACACGGGUGCCGGACAGACGGGCACCAGUGUCACCUACUACAGCAGCCAGAGCAGCCUGGGCGAGCUGGACAACCGCGUCGGGUCCAUCUGCCUCAUGGGCUGUUGGAUCCUGUACGAGAACGAGCAGUACAAUGCGCAGAGCGGAGCGGUCCUCCUUACGCUGGGUAUCCGAGGCUGUAUGGACAUCGACGGAGACCUGCAGGGCAAGGUGUCCAGUCUGCGCUACGUCGGUGACCCGACCGACGCGUCGCUCAGUGGGCUAACCCUCUACUCACGCAUGUACUUCUCCGGCGAGGAGACGUUCCUGCAGGCCGACUCUGCCAACACUGUGUCAGCCAGCGGCUACCAGUCUGUCAUGGUCUCCGGCCCCGACUCAUGGACCAUCUACUCGGGUGAGGACUACACGGGCGACAGCGUGUGCCUGGAGUCGUACGGCACCUACGUCUGGGUGGGUGACGAACAGAUCGAGUACGGCGUCUUCUGGACGCCCUGGGAUCUCGGCGUUGUCGGCGGUAACAUCCGCUCCGUGCAGAAGGGCUGCGCGGAGGGCGCGACCCGCCUCCAGUCGCAGCCGGUCACCGUCCGCCGCGGUGACGCCGGGCUCGUCGUGAAGAACUAGAGAGCCACCAGAGGGCAGUCGACGGCGACGGAGAGACGACGGAGAGACUGCAACACCGAACCGGGGACCGACGGCAAGACGGAAAUAGGUCGGAAAUCAGACGAAGUGCUUGUUCGGUUAAACGGACAGCGACGCCCAGGCAGAGCGUCUGCCUAACGCAAUUGCGGAAGUUUACGGACAAGAUGCUCGGUCUGACGUUGUUGGUAAUUGUUACUAGUUGUUACAUACGAAAUUAUGGGCCAAAGGUAUGGAUCACUUUAAAGGGCCGGCUUAUGAAAAUCGACACAAUUAUGAAUAAAGAUACAAGAAAUAGUCCGGUGUUGUCGAACCAUGUUUUUUGAUAUGGAGUAAAGAUACAAGAAAUAGUCCGGUGUUGUCGAACCAUGUUUUUUGGUAUGGAGAUAAUGGUGUCUGCAGCGUUUAUAUCCUUCAAGGUUGUUGAUUUGGGACGCGAUAGCCGCGAUAUCCAAUCGUCCAACCAGAACAUCUGGCGCGAAUAAUCACCAAGACUUACACGUCGGAAAUGGAAACAAUUUAGGUAUUAGAUAGCUGUCUCUUCUACCAGACAGCACAGUCUUCCAAACAAACUUCUGUGUGAAGAUUUCCAGAAGUGUGGUGAGGUGUCAGGUGAGAACUGGCUCAUUGGUAUCCCGUUGCCUAUUGAGUUCAUUCAUAUAAAUUGCUUCUCUAUUUAAUUGCAAAUACAUAAUCUUAGACCAACGGCAA